GCUCUUUGUCAAAUCAUCUUUGUAGAGAGGUUACAGAGGUAGGAGGGUACGAGUAGCGGAGAAUUAAAACCCACCGGAGACUGUAAUGCUCUAACAGAGAGCCGAAGGCUUCAUUUUGAAUCGAUAAAUCACAGCAGAGAGACAUCAGUCAAAACAUCGCUCAUGGUUUGGAGCUGGGACAAACACAUUAGUUGUUGGCAGCACAUCGCCAUGAAGCCAGCUUCAUGUUACCAAUGAACCGCUUUCGAUUCCCUGUAGCCUGCAGCCCGGACCGUUUAAAUUAAACGAGGCUACUAAGGGAGCUGAUCGGCUCUGACUGGCAGUCCUGAUAUUUCCAUCUGGACCUGGUGAUAUGAGAGGCUCCAGGAGACGGUGAUGGAGCUCCAGGAGUUGGGCUGGCUGUGUCUGGUGGGUCUCUUUCUAACCUCCUUGCUCAUUGUGCUGGGAUGGCUGGUCCAGUACUUGCUGACUGUGCUGCGGUUGUGGAGAUCCAGGAAGACCGACAAGCAGGACAGCAGAGGAACAGCCUGGCAGCAGCUCUCCCUCACACAGCCCCACCAGAGCCAGGCUGGAGGUGUGUGGGGAUUCCUAAUGAAGCUCCGAUCGAGCCGGGGUGGAGGAGCUGCAUCUGAAGCCGGGGUUAAAGGCUUGUUGACCUCUCUGUUCUCCUUCAAGUCCUUCAGGGAGCACUGGCAGAGCACCUGGGUCAAAGCUCUGAACGAGCAAGCUUGCAGGCAUGGGAGCUCCAUCCAGAUCACGUUUGACAGCAGUCUACAGUUAGCUGCUGCCUCUGUAAUAGAUAGUGUGACCUGCACUGACCAAUCGGCACACCGGAUGGUUUUACACUGUAAAUGUUGGGUGGACACAGUGACACUUCCUGUAACGGUCACCCAGCAGUCACAUGCUGCCGUUUCCAUGGACACCUAUCAGAUCACUAUAGCACCUAUGGUCGCAAAGGUGGUGGUGUGUCUGGAGGAGGUGGAGGACGAGGGUCUGCUGAUGUCCUGGACUAUUUCCAAACAGCCAUCAUUUACUCUGAACGUGUCUCCAUGCAAGCUGCAGAGACGGGACACUGAAGGUGAGGCCGACCUGGACACGAUUAAGGGACUGAUAGAGGAUACUCUGUUCAGCGCACAGCCAGCCAUGGUCCUCAACCUCAAGACUUGUGCGUCCAGUCCUUUGGCCCCCAUGGACCAUCAAUCAGCGAGAUUGAACUCUGUACCCCAGAGUGUCUUGGUGAGACGACUACUGCUCCAGCAGCUCAGGGCGACCUUAAGUAAAGGUCAGUGUUCUAGAUCAGGGGAGCUGUGCUGUGUCCUGAGCCUGGACCAACCCUCCACAGAGAGGAAAACCCGCUUCCUGUGUGUGCCCAGCAACUCCAACGCCCCACUGGAAUGGAGUGAAGAAAUCGCUCUGGAGCUGGGCCUAGAGACCAAAGAGCUGAGAGUAAGACUUCUGGAGCGGAACGGCAACAGAGAACAAUUCCUGCCCGGCCACGCCUCCAUCCCCUUGGACCUCCGAUCCAAAGUGCCCACUGGACAACAUACACUGUCAAUAAGUCCCGGCCACGGCUUGGCACCAAACGCUACCAUCACAGUGGAGCUGCUGUAUGUGGAAACAGAGGAGCCCCGCGGCGCCCACAAUGCUUUCCCACUUCGUUCCUCCCUCACCCCCAGCAAGAAAGUUGACGUGGACCGAACCAUCAUGCCCGAUGGAACCAUCGUCACCACCGUCACCACCGUCCAGUCUCGACUGAAACUGGACCGCAGUCCAGGUGAUUCCCCUUUGCGUUCGCCGUCCAAAGUGGAGGUGACGGAGAAGAAACCCACCAUCCUGACAGAUGGCAGAAGCAGCACCAGCCCCAACCUCAGCAAGAGCAGCCGCCUCUCUAAUGGCCUGGAUCCUGUUGCAGAGACGGCCAUUCGGCAGCUGACGGAGUCCGCCUCCAAAGUAGCGCGGAAGACACCAACAAAGAGGAGCACGCUGAUCAUCUCGGGAGUGUCAAAGCAGGUUCCCCUCUCAGAAGAUGACUGUGCGUUAUCGAGCGGCUAUGCCGCAGCCAUGGACGCUGCCAUGCUCGCCAACCAUUACGGGGCGGGACACCACCUGGACCCAGAUGAAACCACACCCUCCGACGUGUCGGAGCGUCCCUCUGUGGACGAUGUGGAAUCAGAUACUGGUUCCACUGGUGCCUUGGAAACCUGCAGCCUCAAGGACCAUAAAGUGGGCUUUCUACAGAGUGGGACGAAGCUGUUCUUCCGCAGAAGACACCGAGAGAAGGAGUCCUGCCUCAGCCAAUCCCACGAAGACAUCUCCAACAUGGGCAAUAACUUUGCUGCUGUCUCAACUAUCAACCGUAAAAAGUCUGGCAGCUUCUCCCGGCGUCUCAUCAAGCGCUUCUCUUUCCGCUCAUCGGGCAAAUCAAAAGGCAAAGCUACCAACGGAGGAGCGAGCUCGCUGGAUAACUGAAAAUCAUUGUGAGGGUAGGACACGGGUCAACCUGACUUAAGCGUUGUUUUAAGGCCUCUGGUAUUACUGUCAGAAGAACCACUAAACUUUGCAGGAGUCCCGUCCAACUUGAACAUCCUGUUGUCACCUGUACGUCUUGAAAGGAAGAUACCUCUGGGAAGACUUUCCUCUGGAGAGAAACGAUUGCACCUUCAGGACAGGAGUCAUGUUUAUUCACAUCACUGAACUUUAAAUGUGAUUAUGAAAUCUAUUUAUUUCAAUGAGAAAUCUGCUGCUCGGUGAGGAGAAGGUGAUAGUCACAAUGAAAUGUCUUUGAACACAAACUAUAGCAGGAAUAUUUGAUUGUGAUGGAUGGUGUAAAUGUUCUCAAACUAUUUGAUGAUAUAAAAUGCCAGUAUGAUGCAUUUGGUUGCACUUUGGACUGUUUUUAACAGCACAUGUAAAAUUCCUAGGACAUAUAACGUUCAUUUAUUAUUAUUAUUAUUAUUAUUAUUAUUAUUAUUAUUAUUAUUAU